GGUUCGAAGCCGAACACGUCUGGAGCGCUGCGCCUUCCAGCUUCCUGGAAAGCUCCCAGCUGGUCACCGUCUCCACCACCAGAGCCAUGUUCCGAUCUCCCCUCAUCUCCGGCGGCUCGUCCGUCUGGCUGGCCGCCCUCCUGCUCUGCACUCUCACUCUCUGCGCCUCCGCCAACAUCCACGUCGACAACGAUGAGCCCAUGGACAGAAAGCCGUGGAUGGACGGGCUGGACCGGAGUCUUCCCAACGACCCCUACAUGAACGAGUUUAUCAACCGACUGCGGGCCCUCAAGGAGGCUGAGGACAUCGGCAUCGCACAGAAGCGUGGCCUGGACUUCGGCCUGGGUCGCGGCUUCUCCGGCAGCCAGGCGGCCAAGCACCUGAUGGGCCUGGCGGCCGCCAGCUACGCCGGUGGCCCCGGCCGGCGACGGCGGUCGGCGCCGCUGCCCGAGCUCCACUAG